GGACCUUAGUUGUGUUUUGGAUUUUGUCUCCUUGUGCGAUUGACUUUGACACCUCUGUCAUAGCAUGUCUGUAUUCGAUCAAGGACGAUAAAUAAAGCAAAUAAAGUCUGGAGGUUUGAGAUCAGAUUCACUGACACUCUUUUGGGCUGCUGUUUAACUUUUUAUUAAAAAAAAAUACUAGAUUUAAUAUGAUGCAUUCAAUCUGCAAGAAAUGUGUAGGAAAAAAAAACAAACCUCUUCACUUUUUGCAUAACAUGAGCUGUCAUCUCAGAGGUGCAUACAAAUACAGAUAAUCAGAUUUGGGGAGGGACGACUCCACGGAUGUUAAGGUGGGUUCCCUCCCCCAUGGGUGUGUCCAAACGCCGGGAGACCUCAGCCUAUCCACCUGCACAGUCCGCUCCUCUGCUCACUUGAGCGCCGCAGCGCACGGCUGAAGCAGCGCGCCUCCGCCGCCUGUCCACACGAACAACUCCUCUUUGUUUUGUCGCGUCUCCCGGUGGGGAAAUACCGAAUCGGCUUAUGCACUUCAGCCACCACUCCAACUUAAAGCAGGGCAAGUUGAUUGAGGGCUCCUGAGCUGCGUUUGGUGGUGGGAUAUUUGCGUAAAAAGCGCUUUCGCGGAUACGCCUGCGGACACUGGAACUCACAGUCUGGGUGGAUAUUUUCUCUGAAGCGCAAAAUUCACUGGAAGUGAAGGACCUCCUCGCCUCUACCAAACGGAGGGACCAUGCUGGAAAAAGUGUCCUUGCUGCUGGCUCUGCUGGCCUCUUCAUCUGGGGGGGCGCCUCCCCCCAACGAGCCCCUCUCCGCUCCCAGAAUCUUCUUGUCCUUUAAAGAGUUAAAGUCAACGGACACAGCUCACCACUUCUCCUUCCUGCUCAACUCCACUGACUAUCGGAUACUCCGCAUGGAUGAGGACCACGACCGCAUGUACGUGGGAAGCAAAGACUACAUCCUGUCUCUGGAUCUACAUGACAUUAACAAGGAGCCACUUAUAAUCCACUGGCCUGUUCCGCCUCAGAGGAAGACGGAAUGUGUCCUGUCAGGGAAAGACACCAACGGGGAAUGCGGAAACUUCAUCCGUCUGAUUGAGCCGUGGAACCGGACCCACCUGUAUGUGUGUGGAACAGGCGCGUACAACCCCAUCUGCACAUACGUGGACAGAGGACGCAGGUCACAGGGGUUCUACUCUUCACUGGUUCCCCAGUCAGGAGGGAGAACAAGUCGAGCAACAGACACCAUCCCUUCAUCAGAGCCUUUGAGCUCAGAGGAAUAUAUUUUCCGGCUUGAACCUGGCAAAGUGGAUUCUGGGAAAGGAAAAUGUCCGUAUGACCCCAAACUGAACAGUGUCUCUGCUUUGAUCAACGGAGAGCUCUACGCCGGAGUCUACAUUGAUUUCAUGGGAACAGACUCUGCUAUCUUUCGUACUCUGGGGAAGCAGACAGGCAUGAGGACGGAUCAGUACAACUCCAGAUGGUUAAAUGAUCCCACCUUUGUCCAUGCACACCUCAUCCCAGACAGUGCUGAGAAGAACGAUGACAAACUCUACUUCUUCUUCCGUGAGAAAGUCUCUGAGAUGGGUCAGAGUCCCAUGACCCAGUCCAGGAUUGGACGGAUCUGCCUGAACGACGACGGCGGACACUGCUGUCUGGUCAACAAGUGGAGCACGUUUCUGAAGGCUCGGCUCAUUUGCUCCGUGCCCGAAGCUGACGGCACCGAGACGCACUUUGACGAGCUGAGAGAUGUGUACAUCCAGCCAACUCAAGACACCAAGAACCCAGUCAUCUAUGGAGUCUUCUCAGUUUCAGGGUCUGUGUUUAAAGGCUCAGCGGUCUGCGUCUACUCCAUGGCCGACAUCCGCAUGGUCUUCAAUGGGCCGUUCGCCCACAAGGAAGGACCCAACUACCAGUGGGUGGCGUACGCCGGGAAGAUCCCCUACCCUCGACCUGGGACAUGUCCGGGAGGCACUUUUACCCCCAACAUGAAAUCCACAAAGGAUUACCCGGAUGAGGUUAUCAACUUCAUGAGAAACCACCCCACCAUGUACAAUGCUGUAUACCCAGUCCACAAGCGCCCCCUGGUGGUCAGAACCAACGUGGACUAUGAAUUCACCACUAUUGCUGUGGAUCAAGUGAGAGCUGCAGAUGGGAGCUAUGAGGUCCUCUUCCUGGGUACAGAUCGAGGAACAGUCCAGAAAGUCAUUGUCCUCCCAAGAGACGAUCUGCAGAUAGAGGAGGUGGUCUUGGAAGAGGUUGAAGUGUUUAAGGUUCCCACACCCAUAACCACCAUGAAGAUUUCUUCAAAACGACAACAACUGUAUGUGGGGUCAGUGAUGGGUGUGACUCACCUGGCUCUCCAUCGCUGUGACGUAUACGGGGAGGCCUGUGCCGACUGCUGUCUGGCCCGGGACCCCUACUGUGCCUGGGAUGGCAAAUCCUGCUCCAGAUAUUCAGCCUCACAGAAGAGACGAAGCCGUCGACAGGACGUUAAAUAUGGAAACCCCAUCCGCCAGUGUAGAGGUUACAACUCCAACCCUAACAAGAACACCCUGGAGACAGUUCAGUACGGGGUGGAGGGAAGCACGACGUUUUUGGAGUGUCAGGCUCGGUCGCCUCACGUGUCUCUAAAGUGGCACCUGCUGAAGGAAAACAGUGACAGAAGGAAAGAGAUCUCCUCAGGAGGCCGCAUCCUGAAAACAAAUCAAGGUCUUCUGAUCCGCUCGCUGCAGUCCUCUGACAGCGGGACCUAUCAGUGCACAUCCACAGAGAAAAACUUCAAGCACACCCUGGUGAAGCUGCAGCUGGUGGUCCUCUCAAAUCGCAUGGUCAACAAUGCCUUGGUGGACACCAGCAAUCCGGCCCUAUCCCCCCUGCAGUCCAGCCCCUGGCCCCCGAGUGCCAACCAGUACAAAGACCUGCUAACGCUCCUCCACCAGCCGGAGAUGGAUCUGAUCAACCAAUACUGCCAGAACUACUGGCAGAUCGGAGACAGCGGCCUUGGAGACGGCAAAGCCAAAAACCUGAAGGAGCUGAAAGAACAGAAGAAGCCUCGCAACCGCCGGCAUCACGGAGAGCAGACGACUCCAGCUGAAACAUGAGGAGCUCUGACUGCAGCUCGCCGCACUCCAACACCUCCUUCUUCUUCUUUAUACACAAACUCCCUCCACUCCAGCCCUCCGUGGAGCACAGUGACUCCAGUCAAACCAUAGAUGAUCAGAAACAGUUGGGAAAAAAUACACAAUAUUUAUUGUAGGUUGUAAAAAGUAAUUCUUUGUACCUAUCCAGACAACAUGUUUUUGUGAAUAGAUAAAUCUGUGCAAAUACUAUUGUUAUAAUAUUA